GAUACCUUAGGUCCUUAACAAAGGGGGCAAGGAUAGAAAUAGAACCGGACGGAACCGGUCAUGUCUUGGGUCUAACCGUCUUAAGUCUAGGAUGGUCUCGAACGAAUGCCAAACACACCUUUCCGCUGAAACCGAAGCUUGCAUAGCGCAGCGAGACCAAAGCCCCAAGCACGAUGAAUUAAUCGUUCGAAUUUGAUUUGUGAGAGACACAACUCGUCGAGGUAAGCAGAUCUAAGGAUGGAUGUUGAUAUCAAAGGUACUUCGAAUGCCGAAGGUGAGGAAGAGAAGGGGAAGCCAAUUGUGGUGAUAUUGGUGGGCGCACCUGGUAGUGGCAAGUCCACCUUCUGCGAUCAUGUCAUGCGCUCUUCCACUCGACCCUGGGUUCGCGUCUGCCAGGACACUAUUAAUAAUGGUAAAUCAGGAACAAAGGCUCAGUGUUUGAAGAGUGCGGCCAUUGCUCUGAAGGAUGGCAAGAGUGUAUUUAUUGAUAGGUGCAACCUGGAUAGAGAGCAGCGUGUGGAUUUUGUUAAGCUUGGAGGUCCCCAAGUAGACAUACAUGCCGUGGUAAUUGAUCUUCCGGCUCAGCUAUGUAUAUCUCGGUCUGUUAAGCGGACUGGGCAUGAAGGCAAUCUGCAAGGUGGAAGAGCUGCAGCAGUUGUUAAUAAAAUGCUACAAAAGAAAGAAUUGCCUAAGUUGAAUGAAGGGUUUUCUCGAAUUACGUUCUGCCAUAAUGAAACCGACGUUCAGGCCGCUCUCAAUACUUAUACCUUGCUUGCUCCAUUGGAUAUCCUUCCAAAUGGGUGCUUUGGCCAGAAGAACCCUGAUUCCAAAGUUCAACUUGGUAUAAUGAAGUUCUUAAAGAAAAUGGAGGCUCCUUCUAACACUGAAUCUAAUUUGAAUAGCAUUCGGGAUAAUGAGUCUCAGAUUUCUGAGGAAAAGAAUCCUAGUAGUUGCACAGGUAAGGAGAUGAUCUCUUCAUUAUCGUGUGCUGCAGAUAAGGAGGUUAAGGAAGGUAACGACCAGCUGGCCUUAGGGUCCGUUGGUCCCGGUGUUUCUGCUGAUGAUGGUCCUACACUGGCAUUUCCAUCUAUUUCGACUGCAGAUUUCCAGUUCAACCAUGAAAAGGCAUCUGAUAUUAUUGUUGAGAAAGUUGAGGAAUUUGUGAAGAAAGUUGGUAAUGGCAGACUUGUUCUGGUUGACCUGAAUCAUGGAUCAAAAAUUUUGUCUUUGGUUAGGGCUAAGGUUGCUCAAAGAAACAUCGACUCAAAAAAGUUUUUCACAUUUGUGGGUGAUAUUACUCAGCUGUAUUCAAAAGGAGGUUUACGCUGCAAUGUGAUAGCUAAUGCCGCCAACUGGCGACUAAAAGCUGGAGGUGGGGGUGUCAAUGCUGCAAUUUUCAGCGCUGCUGGUCCAUCCCUAGAGAUUGCUACGAAGGAACAGGCAAGCUCUCUACACCCUGGGAAUGCUGUUGUUGUUCCUGUCCCUUCAUCUUCCUCUUUGUAUGGUAGGGAAGGGGUAUCUCAUGUCAUACAUGUUCUUGGACCAAAUAUGAACCCCCAGAGACCUAACUUUCUCAAUGAUGACUAUAAUAGAGGCUGCAAAAUUCUUCGCGAUGCUUAUACAUCGCUGUUUGAAGGUUUUGUAUCUAUAAUAAGGACCCAAUCAAACUUUCCGACGAGAAGCAGUGAAAACCUUAAACACGAGCCUUUGAAAUCAGGGGAUACUUCUCAUGAUGCACCUACAGUUUUUUUCUCAUCGAAUACCGAUCAAAAGAUUAAGAGAAAUAAUAACUAUGAGUCUGAGAGAAGCAAAAAAUGCAAGGGAUUUCAGGAUGAAGCUAGAGCUGCAACCACAGAUUCUAGGGCUAGACAUAUAAAUAAGCAUGAGAAUGACGUAAGCAGGACAAUGGCCUGGGGUUCUUGGGCUCAAUCUCUUCAUCACAUUGCCAUGCAUCCUGCAAGGCACAAGAAUGAUGUGCUGGAGAUAUCUGAUGAUAUUGUUGUCCUCAAUGAUCUCUAUCCCAAGGCUCAGAAACACCUGUUGGUGGUGGCACGAUGUGAUGGUCUUGAUUCCCUUGCAGAUGUAGGUAAAGAUCACCUUCAAUUGUUAAUGUCGAUGCAUGCCAAGGGGUUGGAAUGGGCUGAAAAGUUUUUGCAUGAAGAUCCAUCGCUAAUCUUCCGCCUUGGAUAUCACUCGGCACCAUCCAUGCGACAAUUACACCUGCACGUUAUCAGCCAGGAUUUCAAUUCAAAUCAUCUUAAGAAUAAGAAGCACUGGAACUCUUUUACUACUGCCUUUUUUCGUGAUUCUGUGGAUGUGAUUGAGGAUAUCAGGACUGCAGGAAAGGCAACAUUAAAAGAGGAUGAUAGCCUGUUGGCAAUGGAGUUGCGUUGCCACCGAUGUAGAAGUGCACAUCCUAACAUACCCAGAUUGAAGUCCCAUAUUAGCAAUUGUCGAGCUCCCUUUCCUGUCACUCUACUUGAAAGUAGCCGUUUAGUGCUUGCACCAACCAAAAUUGCAUCUCAUUCCUAGCUCUUCAGCAGGUGUGCAGUGUGGUUGAUGAAAAUUUUACUGUCUAUAAUCUUGCACUGUACAAAUUAUGGCCGUAAAGUUUUGCUAGAAGUCUAGAACCUCUUCAAUCGUGUUCAAUUUCUUGCGUUCCUUU